GCACCGCCGAGGCGCCAGCUGCGAAGCCUGCACCUGGGAGAGCCGGGCCCCGAGGAGGACGAGGAGGAGGACGCGCCCCCACCCGCCCCCGGCUCGCGCUGCCCCUACGAGGUGCCCGGCAGGUGCCCCGCAGGCGCCCCGCAGGCGCCCCGCAGGCGCCCCGGGAUGGAAACGGUGCAGGAGCUGAUCCCGCUGGCCCAGGAGCUGGUGGCCCGGAGGCCGGGUCGGAAGCUGGUGAAGCUGUACGUGCUGGGCAGCGUGCUGGCCCUCCUGGGCGUGGUGAUCGGCCUGGUGGGCACCGUGUGCGGCCCGUUCACGGCCGCCAGCCGCCGGCGGGACGAGGAGGCGUUGGUGGCCGAGCUGCGGGCAGUGCAGCCCCGGCUGCAGGGAGGCAAGUCGCGGGGGGCCGUGCCCUGCGGCCGCGCGCUCUCCUACCGGCCCCCCGCCUCCUAGGAGCGGAGAGCUCCCCACAGCGCGGGCAGGGCCCGAGACCUGCAGACCUGCGCCCCCCGGACCGAGCCCUGAGAAGCCACUGGCUUUCAGCCCUGAGCUGCCACGUGGAGCCACCAGGAGGAGGUUGCGAGUGAUUUUGCUGCUGUGCAGCAUUGCACGAUGACAUGUACAAAAUCUAUGACCUUUGGGCUAUCUUGGGUGCAUCUACCAGUUUGCACGAAGGUGGAAGGCGGGGAAAUGCUUUUUAUAUUAUUAUAUUAUUAUUACGACGACCACCCAUUUUGCAUUUUUGAAAUAAAAUUCGUUUUAUAGUA